GCCUAAGGUUGGAGUCUCCCAAGCCUGGGCCUUGAGCACUAAAAUGCAGAUUCCUGGGCCCACCCACGACCCACUGAAACAAAGUGCCAGGACCAUCUGCAUUUAUCAAGCUCCCUGGUUAACCAGCUCAAUCCUCCGUGCAUCCCGCUCGCCGGCCGUGCUCACUCACGGGCCAGGAUGGCGCUCUGUCUGGCCCUGCGCAUGGCACUGCUGCUCCUCUCCGGGGUCGUGGCCCCUGCGGUGCUCACAGCCGAGGGCCCGCAGGAGCCCGUGCCCACCCUGUGGAACGAGCCCGCCGAGCUGCCGUCGGGAGAAGGCCCCGUGGAGAGCACCAGCCCCGCCUUGGAGCCGGCGGUCAGCGGCCCGCCCGCGCCCACCGCCGCGCCGAGCCCCGAGGACAGCACCGCGCGGGAGCAUCUGGACCAGGGCGGCGGCUCGCUGGGACCCGGCGCCAUCGCGGCCAUCGUCAUCGCCGCCCUGCUGGCCACUUGCGUGGUGCUGGCGCUCGUGGUCGUCGCGCUGAGAAAGUUCUCCGCCUCCUGA